CUCUCAACAGUGAGUGUUCAAAUCCUCUUAUCUGUCUCACAGGCCAUUGGCCUUCAGCACAUAAACCCUUGUUAGUUUCUCUAGAAUACAGCUUUCGUUGCAUCAUGCCUCGUCCCCUCAACCGCCAUCCCAGCCAAUAAAGCCUUACAUUUUCUUUUUUGUUGUUAAGAUGUAUAGAUAAAAUUUAGUUUCACAUAUCACAAGCCUUGCAGAAUGAUGUGCCAAAAGAGAUAAAAGCUAGAUCAGAACAGGACGAGCUAGCUGCAAGGUCUGACAUCUGAAAGCACACAUUCGGGUGAACAGGGAACAAUGUGAGAUUUCUUUGAAGCAUAAAAGGCCAUUGAUGAUGAGAUAUUGUUAUCGCAAAGUAUCACAAAAGAGCGCUGUGUGGCAUAUUCAUUAUUUUUGCUCGGAAAAUGUUGGUACAAUACCACAGAAUUCAUAUGCAAAAUGUGCUAUCCAAAUGUAAGUUGAAUAGAGUAGGAAAGUUGCUAUAACCCCUACUGAAUGAGUUGAUGUCAUAGGUCAUAAAAGAAUAAAUCACUAACAAAAUAUGGUACGAUUGCAAAAUACUCAUUAAACUGUGUCCUUAAAGAGGUCACCAGGAAAAAGCGAUAGUAACACAUAAACUUUUACAAUACUGCAAUUCUCUCAAGGUUUGAUAAUAAAAGUAUCAAGUUGAAACAUCAAACAUGGUGACAAACCAUUUAAAGACAGAAUUAUUUUAUUUAUUUAUUCAUUCAUGUUUAUUUUAUGCAUAAAAUAAUAAAGGCUGUUGUAUAAAACAUGUAAAUGUAGAUAGAUAGCAUAAUGGUAGACCGGGUAUCAUCAGACAGAAGAUGGGUUAAAGAUCACAUGAUGAUUAGUAGGUCAUAGAAAAUAUAAUGGAUGGUUAAAAUUAACCUAUAAAAUAUGCAUAAGUCAGCUGCUCUAACUAGACAGCAUUGGUGCAUAUGAAAAUAAAACAAAUCGGUCUUGUCUGCAAGUUUAUUUUACUGCAAAGCAAUAAUGGCCCAUCCAUUAGGCUAUCCACAAUUGACUUAAUUUUUAAUAUCUACUUUGUUAAUAUAAUUAAUACAAAUUUCUUUAUCUUGAAUUGGCAUUUUAAUGUAAUGUUUUUUCCCACGCUGAAAGCAACUGAGAAAACAAAAACUGGACAACACAACGCUGUUAUUAGUACACAACUCAACAUCGCCUCUGGUGGCGCUAAAGUUGUAUCCAAAUAAUAAAGUGUAUUGACAUAACAGAAGCCAAUCACACCGCGGGUUUUCUUUGAAUGACAAGACCAUGACCUAAUCAAUAACUAGCGCACACUAAAUCAACCAAUGGCAAGUGUCAGUAGUUGUAAGUGGGCGGGCUCUAAUCGUAUCGGGAGGAGAGGGCCAAGUAGCAGUUGCAAAGCGGAAAGAAAAUGGCGGCCGUGGCUGCGGAGCCAGGAGCUGCUGCUGCGGCAUCAACGACAGCGGGGGACGGGGCGGAAUACGACACCGAGCCAGGAGAGCAUGUGGACGAACUAGAAACCCGUUCAACGCAGGACUUCGUCUCUGACACGGAGCUUUGUCACCAACCAGAAGAUGUGGAUGCAGUUCAGGAAUGCAGCCAUGUCCAAAUGGAAAUCAGAAGGCCGGACCUUCAAGCCGCGGGAAAAGCCCUCGCUGCCCAUGCGGACGGUGAGCAAACCGAGCCGGGGGAUUCCUGGGGGCGCACGGACGGAACCGAACCGCCCAUGCGUAUGGACUACAGGUAUAAAGGCAUUUCUGAAUACGGUCUGAAAAAAUCGUACUCCCCAAAGGUGGAGGUUGCAAACGAGGUCAGUCCUCUUGAUUCAAGCCCCUGCCUUCAUCCGAGCUCCAUCACCGACUCCCAACCCUCUGUUGUCUUCUUGCAUUCCCGUCCUGCUCAUCCUUCCGAACCCGAAACCGCAUUGUCUCUCGCCGUGCCAGCCGAACCGAGUGUCGAUUAUGACAAAAAUCCCGCGUCAACCCAUCCUACUGAUCUGGAGUGCGAACUGAUAGGCUUCACGCAGCCAGACACAGAGCCCGAACUCGCCGGGUCAGAACACAAAAGUCACGAGGAUGCUUUUCACGAAACCCCUCACCCCUCGGAUAAUCUGGACUUUCUGUCUAAUACAGAGUCGUCGUCUCUGGGACAGAGUUGCAUUAGUGACUUUUCUACUGGUUCCAGUAAGGACUCUCCCGAACUUUCAGCAGCGGUGGAUCAGUCGCUCAUCUCAUCGUCGGAGGAGGUGCACUCGCAUCCUCUUCAUCAACAGAGUUUCAGUACGGACCUCAGUGAACCUAAAGGGGAGUCGGAGACGAAACCCCCGGUUCUGUACGCGGAAUCUGACACGCUCAGCCGUUUGGUGCUCGGGUCAGAGGUUCGGGUCUCACUGGAUCACAUCAUUGAUGAUGCGCUCGUGGUGUCGUUUCGUUUAGGAGAGAAGAUCUUCUCUGGGGUCCUCAUGGACCUUUCUAAAAGGUUUGGACCUUAUGGAAUUCCUAUAACAGUGUUCCCUAAGAGGGAGUACAAGGAUAAACCAGAAUCUAUGCAGCUAAAGACGGAAGCAUUCCAGUCAGAAACAGAUAAAGGUGUCUCUCAAGGACCUACUGAUGCCCCAAUUAAGGAUCCUGCGGAUGCUUCUAAUGUCCCUUUGAAGGACCCUGCCGAGGCUCCUGCUGCGCCCCAGCCCUGUCCCAAGCCUCAGCCCAACCCAUGGACCUCAAAACCACCUCCCUUGUUUCAGGAGGGGGCUCCUUAUCCACCCCCGUUGUUCAUCAGGGACACUUACAACCAGUCAUUACCUCAGCCACUACCCCGCAAAAUCAAGCGGCCCAAGCGUAGGCUGUACAGAGAGGAGCCCACUUCUAUAAUGAAUGCCAUCAAGCUCCGACCCAGACAAGUUCUGUGUGAUAAAUGCAAAGGGGCUGUAGUGCAAGGGGACAAGCGUGAGACACGCAAAGGUCCUAUCUCAGACUGCCGUAGUGACGAUGCCAAAAGACGGCGAAAUGACAACGCGACGGCAGCUGCCGCUAAGCGGCCCCGUAAUGAGCUGCGUUCUGAGGACAAGGGCCGUGGUACUGAAGGGCCCAAGCGGCAGGCCUCAGCCAUACGAGUGUCAUCAUCCACCUCCUCUCUGGGUCACAGUCAGGUUAAAGGGGCAGCUGCUGGUAAUAAAGUGGUAAAGGGGGUGUCCGCUACGACACCAUCCUCUGCCAAUGCCAAAAAAGUCCUUCAGAGCAAAAACGUUGACCACUCCAAAGCACGAGAGGUGCUUAAGAUGGCCAAGGUUCAGAGAGGACAAAAAGAGACAGUCACAGGUAGCAGCGGGAAUUCCAAGGCCAUAACCAGGGCUGCUGCUCUCCAGGAAGCCCACCAGAAGGUCCACUUCACUCGGAGACUGCAGCAGAUCAGUGGAGGAGGCCCAGGUUCCAACCCUUUGCCACCCAGGAUGCGCAUCAAGCCCCAAAGGUACCGUAACGAAGAGAACGAUUCUUCUUCAUGUAAGCCGCCUUGCUUGGAAAAAGUGCAGGGAGGGGGCCAUUUGGUGCUGCCUAAACCAGCCGCGCCUCGCUGCAACUCCACGCGCUCCUCCUCUUCCUCCUCCUCCUGCUCUGCAAGCCAAGCUGUCAAUGCUGUAGAGCCCCAGAGGCCAGACAGAGCGCUUGAAACCCUAGUGAGCCCGGCCCAACCCGAUCCCCAAAUGCUCCCAGCCCCGGAAUGCAGGGAACCCCAGGCUGAGCGAGAAGAACAGGAGGGGCGGGAGGAAAAGCGGGAGACGCGUGGGGGCAAGGCUGGCAACUUAGUGGUUUACAUGAGCCUUAACCCCAGCCAGCCUGACUCCUCUGGUACCUCCAUGUGCAGCGUUGAUAGUGGUGAUGACCUAAAGUCAUCAAACUCUGAGUGUAGCUCUACCGAAACAUUUGAGUUUCCCCCUCCCGGUGACUUGCGAUCGGCCCCUGCCCCUGGCACGUCCUCCGCUUUUGCCGCUGCCUCUCCCUCUGCUCCUAAGGACGACAAAAAAUGCAGUAAAUCCCACAAAGCUACUGUUUUUUCCAAAAACGUUACAAAGUGCGUUGCUGUGGAUGGUAGGACAAUUUGUGUAGGGGACAUUGUUUGGGCCAAAAUCCUCGGCUUCCCUUGGUGGCCCGCACGCAUCCUAGCCAUCACAGUGAGUCGCAAAGAUAAUGGGCUCUUAGUCAGGCAGGAGGCCAGAGUGUCUUGGUUCGGGUCGCCUACCACUUCCUUCUUGGCAAUUACUCAACUUGCCCCUUUUUUAGAAAGCUUCCAGUCUCGCUUUGACAAGAAGAGAAAGGGUCUGUAUCGUAAAGCCAUCACUGAGGCUGCCAAGGCUGCCAAGCAGCUCACACCCGAGGUUCGCGCCUUGCUAACUCAGUUUGAGACGUGAGGUUACGUAUCUUGGUAAGAUAGGAAAGCCAGGCACCCGAAUUGGCCCCGUAACCCUUCUGAAACCUCUCGAACUUUGCUGUACCCAGUCACAGGGUCCAGAGUGAAUCCCAGCCAACAUCAGACAGACAACCAGAAAUUAUUUAUUGUCACUAAACAGGCAAAUAAAGGGGAUUGAUCCGAUUAAAUAAAAUCAAACGGUUGAUAUUCCGAUGUUCGUCCGUACAUGUUCGUCUUUUGAGUUUGCCAUAUCUUACAAUUAUGAUACUGAAAACAGAUGAUGGAGAGGCAAAGAUUUAAUGGGCUUGUGAGUGCCCACAAUAUUUAGGCUUUGAACUUAGCUGUCCAGCUAAGUAGUAUCAGUAUCUGAAGUUGGGGAAAAAAUCAUUGUCAUUGAAAAUCUAUUUGAAGAUUUUUUUCUUGAUCAGUGUCUUCUGUUGAAGGUCCCGGUAAACAUUAAAAACAAAUGGCAAAACGGUUAGCAAGUAACCCUGUGUGGGAUUGAGCUUAAUAGCUUUCAUUUGAAGAAUUCGAUGUCUAUUUGUAGCUAUUUAUACUUGAUAUCAACUAAACAAGUCGACCGCUACCUUAAGACACGGUAAACAUGGAAAAUAAUUUCUUUUUGUCCGAAUCCCAAUCCUAGCACAGUUAAUGCUUCCUCUCGGAUGAUCAAAGGCGGGUUAUAUGUUUACAGUGUCAGUUCGGUGUGUUUUAUACAAGUUGGAGCCUCUCAGUCCAAUCUUUUUAAGAUGAAUUACAGUCUUUGAAUUUCAUUUAGGACACUAUUUUAAAUAUCCUUUUAACAUGGAAGUUAGUGGAAAUGUGAAAACCUGGCCCUGUUGGAUACAGAGUGUCUUGCUCAGGUAGUAAGAAGGACUUGGAUCGGUGCUGAUUUUUUUUAGACGUUCUGACACGACUAAUCCAAGUCCAGCGAUACGUGCAGAUGGCUGUCGAUCUGGGUGUGGCUUUUGGCCAGCCAUGGCUUUGCGGGCAGUUGAGCUGCUGUUAUUUGGGGAGGUGCCUGUAAGCCAAAGUCACCUCAAGUGCCACUGUGAGUAGAGCACAGCAACUCUGUAAAUACAGAGAGUACAAACUCAGACGUGAAGAAACCCGCCAGCCUAUUUGCGUGCCCGCCUCCCUCGCCCCUCACAGCUACAACAUCUGCUCCCCGAGCUCAUUUCUCCCUAAUCUUCUUGCCCUGUUCACAGCUUCUUUUUUCUUUUCCUCCACUUGUUUUGCUCCCUCCUGCCGAUGUCAUAUGUUCAUGUCUCAGACUAUUUUUUAUAUACGUCUGAUUUUCACAAAAGUGUUCCUGUUGUUCAGCCAACCCCCCUUUUUUGCAUGGAUUUGGGCGUGCAUAUGUGUUUAAUAAAAUAUUAAGCUUUUUUGAUGCCACCGUAUGUUUAGUCAAUUUAGGCAUAUCUCAUCAAGAAGCAAACUGUAAGUUUUGAUGUAGCUGCAAUGGAAUACCAAAAUCGUUCCAUUAAAAUAACUGAAAAGGAAAACACUUGACGGCCGCGGUGUCCUGCUAAAAAGCGGCAGCAGUUCUCACGUGUAUGUUUGUUAUAAUUAUGGGCCAAUGGCUGGUUUGUUUGUUUAGUGAUUAUUCUGAUUUCAGUAUUCAUUGUCACAGCUGAAAUGUUUUGGAUUAUUGUGUUUUAAAUUUAUUUGUUGUGCUUGAACUUUAUUUGCUGUCAUUUCACUAUUCGCAUAAUGCGGCCGAAGGUGUGGAGUACACGUUUAUAUGUAAAGUGUUAAAAAAUAUUUGUUUUGACUGCUUAAAUGAAAGAAGAAUAGACUGGAUCUUGUUUUAAUUGUGAGGACAAACAAUUUUAUUUUUGUGGAUGAGCAUUAACUCUUGUUUUUCUUGUCUGUAAUCAUGGUUAUGUCUUUGCAUUGCAUAUCCAUUAGCACCUGUCGAUGGGACAUACUGUAUGAUAGCUUGGUCUUUCCAUAUAUGAGCAGGUAGAGAUCAAUGACUUGAGAAAAAACAAAACGAUGCUUGGUAGACCACACUGACUGACUGACUGGCAGAUGUUUGUCGAAAGAAUAAACACAGUAUUUAUUUGGGUGGUUGGCUUUGUUUCGUUUCAGCAUCUUAUUUUUUACUUUGCUAUUUCUAUCUGUUUGCAGGUCAGAGAAUGCUGUAAAACCAUUGAAAAAACGAAACGGUUGAAAAUAUUGUGUACAUGUUUUCUGAUGUUUGAAGAGUAUAUAAAUAAACUGUGAACUUCAAGAA